ACUGACAGGAUUUGGUGGAGAGCAGAACAGAAAGGCUUGGCCGCAUAGAGGGAGGCGCCUUUAGUGCUCUCCUGAAACCAAAGCCUUUGAAGAUAAAAAAAAAAAACUUCAAGCAAAGAGGACAUAACCUGAAAAGUUGGACGCAUGAGAAUUAUGUACCUUUAAAGGACAUCGUUGUGUGAAUUUUCACCGCCAAGCCAUGCUCCACAGCCGACCAGGGGCUUGCUGGGGAAAAGUGUCUGACCUCACUGGCGCGCACGCAGAUUGGACUAAAACGCAUUGGAUAGCAGGUGGGCCAAGAUGGAGGACGAGGAGGAGAGACAGACCAGGGGUGACCACCAGACCAUCAGCAGGUGCACCUUACCACCUGAGGAAUGUGAAGGUGCUGCUGUGGAUGGUUGUCUCUCUGCUGCCCCUGGUGGAGGGGGCCUGUAUGGGCGCUGGUUUGGAGGCAGAUUCUGUCCAGGCUGUGGGACUGGUGGGAGGGAUGGGGGAAAGGCAGCUCCCAGACACUCUACCUGAGGUGGAUGAGGAACAAGAGGAGAAGAGUGACCCGUACUCCCCCUGGCAUGGCCUCUAUGACCUCUCUGUGAUGGACGAAGUGGACGACCACCCUAGUGGCCGGUGGGGGAGACGUUCCCCUCGCAACUCCGACCCCGAACCAAAAGGCUCGGCCAAGAAAAAGAAGAGGAGGAAGAAGAAAGAGAGGGAUAGAAAGGGCAAAGGGAAUGGCCGGCAGCCCCAGCAGAGCAGCCCAGACUGCAGGGUGGAGAAACGAGAGAUGCGGGUGCGGGACUUGGGCCUGGGCUUCGACUCGGACGAGAUCAUCCUAUUCAAGUUUUGCGUGGGAUCCUGCCAGUCGUCCAGGACCAACUACGACCUGGCUCUAAGAGCCCUGAUGGAGAAAGGGGCCCUUCCGCGGAGGACCUCCCGGCGAGUCAGCGCCCACCCCUGCUGCCGGCCCGACAGCUACGAGUCCGUGUCCUUCAUGGACGCCCACACCGCGUGGCAGACCAUCCAGUCGCUGUCAGCGGCCAGCUGCAUGUGUAUGGGCUGAGGGAGCCAGCCUGGAGGAGGGAGAAUAGGAGGGGGUGGCGACUGGCUGUCACUCACCCCUGCCUGAGAAUAUACAAAUGGUGGCUCGCCAUUGAGGCUGGGUCUAGGGAGAGCCUCUGGGUUCUGGAAGGGCAGAAGUG